AUGGAAACUGAAUCGGAGAGGGUCAACAAUGAAGCCACCAUCACCGCCGUCAAAGACAUGAGAGCUCGAUUGGAGAAUCGAAUUCGUAACGAACACGACGCUCACUUGGAUCUCCUUUCGUCUCUCCAAUCUACCACCGUUCCCGAUAUAAUCCCGUCGCUCGAUCUCUCUCUCCGUGUAAUCUCUUCUUUCACGAAUCGGCCUUUCGUCGCCACACCUCCUUUACCUGAACCCAAUUUGGAGAAGAAGCACCAUCCCAUUGCUAAACUACAAACCCAACAACAACGAGGUCAUGGCUCGAAAUCGAUGCUUAUCUCCACGAAACAGAGAGAUUCUGGUUCGGGAGCUGAAGCGGAUGGAUCGAGCGGGAGCCCCAGGGCGCUCGUGAGAGCGAUGGUGGCGGAGUGUUUGCUACAGAAAGUACCGUGGGAUUCGACGGAUUCGUCGAGUGUGCUAAGAAAGCUUGAGAAUGACAAGAACGCGAGGCUGGCUGAGAAGGCGGCUUUACGUGACCUAGGCGGAGAGCGUGGGCCGAUCCUCGCCGUAGAGAAUGCUCUUAGAUCGAUAUCGGAAGAUAACGGUUCGCUGGAACUGGAGGCGUUCGAAGUUGGUGGGAAUCCUCGAAUCAUGAUCUUGGCUAUUGAUCGAACCAGAUUGCUCAAAGAGUUACCGGAGAGUUUCCAGGGGAAUAGCAAACCGAGUCGGGUCGUAGAAACCCCUAAGCCGAUUGAGAUAUCUACACCUUCCGGCGGGUUUGGGGGUCCCGGGUCGAGUAAUUUCCAGAGACCACCGGAGAUGUGGCCAGGUGACCCGAAUAUGGGGUUUAGGCCGAUGAUGAGUGCACCUAGAGGGAUGGGAAUGAUGGGGAUGCAUCAUCCAAUGGGGAUGAUGGGUCGACCACCGCCGUUUCCGCUGCCAUUGCCUUUGCCGGUGCCGGCGAGUCAGAAGCUUAGAAGUGAGGAGGAUGAUUUGAAAGACGUUGAGGCUCUUCUUAGCAAGAAGUCUUUUAAGGAGAAGCAACAGUCGAAGACAGGUGAGGAGUUGCUUGACCUCAUUCAUCGUCCAACUGCCAAAGAAGCAGCUACAGCAGCUAAGUUUAAAAGCAAAGGUGGGUCACAGGUUAAGUAUUACUGUAGGUACUUAACUAAAGAGGAUUGCCGUCUUCAGUGUGGUUCCCACAUAGCCUGCAACAAGAGACAUUUCCGUCGUUUAGUCGCUUCACAUACCGACGUCAGCCUAGGAGAUUGUUCCUUUCUCGAUACUUGUCGUCACAUGAAGACUUGCAAAUAUGUGCAUUACGAGCUCGACAUGGCUGAUGCUAUGAUGGCUGGUCCAGAAAAGGCGUUGAAGCCUCUGCGUGCUGAUUACUGUUCCGAAGCUGAGCUUGGCGAGGCACAAUGGAUUAACUGCGACAUCCGUAGCUUCCGAAUGAACAUUUUGGGAACUUUUGGAGUUGUUAUGGCGGAUCCACCAUGGGACAUUCACAUGGAGCUUCCAUAUGGAACAAUGGGUGAUGACGAGAUGCGUACACUCAAUGUUCCUUCGUUGCAGACUGACGGUUUGAUUUUCCUCUGGGUCACUGGUCGUGCAAUGGAGCUAGGCCGCGAAUGUUUGGAGCUUUGGGGAUACAAGCGAGUGGAAGAGAUCAUAUGGGUAAAGACGAAUCAACUUCAACGUAUUAUUCGAACAGGAAGGACAGGUCACUGGCUCAACCACAGCAAAGAGCAUUGUCUGGUUGGAAUCAAAGGAAACCCAGAAGUGAACAGGAACAUUGAUACGGACGUGAUUGUUGCAGAGGUUAGAGAGACAAGUCGGAAGCCAGACGAGAUGUAUGCAAUGUUGGAGAGGAUCAUGCCAAGAGCAAGAAAACUUGAGUUAUUUGCCCGUAUGCACAAUGCUCAAGCCGGAUGGCUGUCACUUGGGAACCAGCUUAAUGGUGUCCGGUUGAUCAACGAAGGUCUUCGAGCUCGGUUUAAGGCGUCGUACCCAGAAAUAGAUGUUCAACCACCAUCACCACCAAGAGCCUCUGCAAUGGAGACAGACAACGAACCAAUGGCUAUUGACUCCAUCACUGCGUAG